AUGGCAUCCAUGUUUUUACCAAGCACAAACGCAUCAGUGUUAUCUACCUACAGAGGUUUGCUACGAGAGGUCAAUCGGCAGUUUGUUGUAAAAAACAACAACUCGUUUUGGAGAAUGCAAGUUAUUGCUCAGUUUCGUAUUGGUAAGGGAAUCACAGACCCAUCUCGAGCACUUGCUAAACGAAGACAGGCUCAAAAUGUCUUGAUGUAUUUGAAAAGCAGUCGAGAAUACAAGGAGCUAAUGGAGAGGUAUUGGCCAGUUAGUACUUUGACAGAACAAGAAAAGAUUGCAAAAACUGCCAAUAGAGUCGGAUUAGCAGUUCCUAAACCUGUAGAAAUCACACCUUGA